UGAAUUUGAUUUUCAGCUGAAAGGUUCCUCUUAUUUUUGUUCCCUGAGUGAAUGUGCUGCUGCUGCUACACGGAGACCUGGGCAGCUCAGGUGUUCUGUGCUUAAAUCACACUGAUUUUUAACUAACCAGUUCCAGAAAAAAAAGACCUUCCAUCAGGAGAAUUGAUCACUGCUGAUUUCUUGCUGCACUGAAAGGGAAAUAAUGCUCCAUUCAACACUGGCCUUGUCCCUCCUGCUAAUUGCAGUCUCUUCCAACCUUGCAAUGGCAAUCAAGAAGGAAAAACGAGCACCUCAGACACUGUCAAGAGGGUGGGGAGAUGAAAUUACCUGGGUACAAACUUAUGAAGAAGGGCUUUAUCAAGCAAAAAAAAGUAACAAGCCACUGAUGGUAAUUCAUCACUUGGAAGACUGUCAGUACUGCCAAGCACUGAAGAAAGCUUUUGCAGAAAGUGAAGAGAUACAGGAAAUGGCCCAGAAUAACUUCAUUAUGCUGAAUCUCAUGCAUGAAACCACAGAUAAAAACUUGUCACCUGAUGGACAAUAUGUGCCUCGAAUCAUGUUUAUAGAUCCAUCUCUCACAGUAAGAGCUGAUAUCACAGGAAGGUACUCCAACCGGCUCUACACUUACGAACCACAAGACAUUCCAUUCUUAAUAGAGAACAUGAAGAAAGCACUACGCCUCAUUCAGACAGAACUGUAACCAGUGAAAUGACCAUAGCCUCUACGAGGUGAAGCUGCUCUAAGGAACCUAAGAUUUUCAAGUAUUUUAGUU